GCCGUAUGAAUGAAGUAAAUAAUAAACGCUUUGAUAUUUCAACACGGGAUCCUCUACUCUAUACACGUUUGAACAUGCGAUAUGUUAAAUCUCAGACAUAUAUGUGCGAUAUAUUUUGUUAUUUUACAUCUAGAUGUAAAUAUUUGCAACAGUUAGAUCUUACAUCAAGCGACUUUGAUGUUAUGAAUUUUAUAAUUUUUCUUGAUAAUUGUGGUCGGCGUUUAACGCACUUAAAAUUAAGUUGCUGCCGAUCUAUCAACAAUCUUGCCCUACUUAAAAUUUCAAAGAUAUGCAAAAAUUUGAAAGAAUUGGAUCUAUAUAAUUGUCUUAACAUAGACAACGAAGCAUUUUCGUAUCUCGAGAAGCUAAAUAAUUUGGAACAUUUAAACCUUAUUUAUACAGUUAUAAGAACUGAACCUCUUUGCAAAAUACUGCAAAAUAAUCGAUGGAUGCGUGAGUUACAUUCGUGGUACAUAGAAGACGCAGUUCUAACGGAAUUGAGAAAUUCGUGUCGUGAUUUGGAAGUAAUAUCUUUACUAAACGCAGAUACUUUUACAUCUCAGGGUAUUAAUGCUCUCGCUAACUGCAAGAAUUUACGCAAAGUGAACCUUGAUCGAUUCAAAUAUUCAGAUAGUGACGAUAAUAUUGACAGCAUAUUUAGAUUACUUUCCUCUUAUCAAAACUUGCAAGAAGUUUAUUUGUUCGAUGCUGUCCUCACUGAUCACCGGUUGGAAUUAUUAGCGCAGUGCAAAAACUUGAAAACGUUAUAUCUUUGCAAAACGAAAUUUGAUAUAUCUGAUAAUUAUUCAGUUAUUUUGAAACAAUGUCCUAAACUGCAGGAGUUUUAUCUCAGGUGCUGUAAUAUAAGUGAUCAAUUGGUUAAUCAUUGGAAGGAAAAAUAUCCGCAUGUGUCCGUCUACAUAAGCGACGUGCAUUGAUCUCCGUCGUGUUUGAUCUCGAGUGUUCUCAAUCGCAAUGCUGCUUGAUCCCGUCCGAACUUUACCACCACAGUUCAAUAUAUAUAUUGAUUGCGCCUUAUAUAUACACUGUUGAAAACAGAGGUCCUGUGUGUUAAAAAAAGACUUUGU